AACACUUUUGACUCACCUGCAAUCGAGGCAGUGAAUGAAAGCAGACUCAAGGUACGCCGUUCACGCUGCCCGCCAGCAAAUCUGCCUCGCCAAUGCCUCAUGACCAGUAACCGGAUCUCGGACGGAUUCGCGGAACCCCAAUAUCCGGUCGCUCUACCUUGAUCACGAAGACAUUUUACAUUUCGCCGGUCACACCUGACCAUGGAUCCCGCGGUUGGAAACAGUCCGGCCAUGGCGGCGGCUCCAAUGUCGACGGCUCCAGCGCUUCAAACACCGCAGAGUGAAGAUUUGAAGAGGAAACGACAGCCUCGCAAUUCGGCUUGUCAACAUUGUGCCCAAUUAAAGAUGAAGUGCAUUCAACAAGCGAACGGUAUCUGCGAGAGAUGCCAUCGUAUGGGCCGAGAAUGUGUCCCUUCGAUGCCAAAACCACGGAAACGAAGAACUCAGAGCGGGAUCGCGGAAGCGGACGGACCUACGAUUCGAACGUUUCCAGUGGCUCCUCCUGUUGGCCCACCACCGAGAUUCGACCCUCCGACUGUUCAAAAGCCCGACGAGAACAUCUUACUCACCCGACACGAUAUCUCUCACACCGACAGCAGAUCGUUCGUAUCACUUUUUUCGCGCGGGCUGGGGAACGCUACGGUGUGCGAGGAGCUACUCAAUGGUAUCGACUACAGUUUUGUCUCAAACUCGUUCACCAAAUUCCGGCAACUCACAUCUCAUUUUCCCUUCGUGGAGAUCGCACCAAAUGCAGACGUCCUCACAAAGGUCGCAUGUCGACCAAUGUUGACUCUUGCAGUCUGUACUGUGGCAUCUGCAUCGCGGCCAGACAUUCAGGACCGGCUCAGCCAGGCCUUUCUCUACGCUCUUGCGUCCAAGUCAGUUCUUACGGACGACCGUAGCCUAGAUACCUUCGCGGGACUUCUGGUAUUCCUCGCAUGGCAUCACCACUAUCUACCACAGCACCAGGUCUACCAGAAGCUGUGCCUUCUUGCUGGCAUGGCCACUGACCUUGGCCUGUAUCGUUCCUACAAUUUUGCCGCAGCGGGAAGUGCUCUGGAGACAGAUCGGGCUAUGGUUGGCGCCUACCAUCUAUGCUGCGGACUGUCUGCAAAGUUCGAUAAGGCCAAUCCACUGCGAUGGACCAAGAAUUUGCGCAGCUCAGCAGAGAGUGUUGCUCAAUUCGGUACUCUGCCUAUAGACUGCACUU